AUGAACGAUUUUGUUCAUAACCUACCACCACAAUUUGCAGAAGAGUGUUGUUGUUGUGUUAAAAGCGAUUUGCAAGGGUAUUUGGAAAUUGAAGUGAGCUAUAUUAGUUUUUUGGCAAAAAUCGUCGAUGAAAAAGAAAAUUCCGGAAGUGCGAUUUCAUUGUUGAAUAAUUGUGUUAAUAAAAAAAAUAUAAAUAAUCGAAAAGUGGAAUUUCAUCAGAGUCUGCAAGAAAUUUAUGAGCCCACUAAAGCCAACGUCGGUAGCAACAGCAGCGUUAAGCAAAAAAAUAACAAUUCCGUUUUGGCCAAUAUUAAAUGUGUACAAGUGAAAAUUGUUUGGUUUGGGGAGAAUAGCACCGAGAGUGCCGCCGCAAAUAUUUUGACAUCUUCGUCGUCGUCGUCUUCGGUAUCUGUCAACAGCAAUAAACUACGGUACCGUAUUUGCACCAGCGUUGGUCUAUUCUUAGAUUACUUGCGUUCUUGCAAACCCAUUCAAAUAAUAGUGUCGGACAGUGGCUGCACCAGCAACAACAACAAGAACGGCGGUAGCCCAGUUCUUCUGGGACAAACACAAUUGCGUCUGCCAUCGAUUCUAUUGAGAAAAUUUGCAUUUAACAUUGCAAAAGGUCAUAAAAAUUUUGAACAUAAAAGUAAAAUCUAUACGCUAUAUCAACGGCAAAGGAACCAACAACAGCAGCCGCAAGAACAUCAACAUUCAUCGUCUUCUCCCUUAAAGAAAUCCUCGUUAAAAUCGGGUGAAAUACAAUUACGUUUCAAAAUGAUGUUUGCACCACCGGCUGCCGCCACAUCAGUGGCCAUGCCCCUGACCACCAAACAUGGUGUCCUUCAUGAUAAACACCAUCAUCAUGCACACCACCAUCAUCACCACAACAUGCACCAUUCGCAUAUGAUAGUCAGCAGUAGUGGAGGAAAAGCAAAAGUUGUCGAACAAGAAGAGUUUAACGUUAAAACAGAUUGUGAGGCAUCCAAUGUAGAAGCUGUCAAUUUAACAGGUUUCUUUUGCAUUUUUUUCACUAUUUAUUGGCAUACAUUUGCCGCUAUAGAACUUAUUGUAAUUCAACACUUUGCAAAGAAAGGUCGCGUGUUUAUUCGCAAAUCAAUUGCGAUUUAUUUAUGUUUUGUAGCGGGUGACAAAUCCAAACGUUUAUCAACACAAACGACGAAAUCUGAAGAAAUUGUUGAAGCCAUGAAGAAACUCGAUGCUAAGCUAGUUGCCUAUUUGGCUGGUGAAACUGAACUCACCUCUAAGAUUUCCCCCACAAAUUGUGAGGUUAUGGACGACGAUACUAAUGUUAAUCUCAAUUUAAAUAAUGACGAUGAACAACAACAAUUGCAAAGUAAUCACACUACCCGCUUGGACGAUUUAUCGCCCGCUACAAAAUUGAACAUUUUCAAAACCAUUCAUGGCAUUAAACUCGAAAUGGAAGCACUUACCCUGCAACCAGAGGGCACCAAAUGCAUGAAUUUGAUGGCAAGUGAAAUUCGUCCGAUUUUCACCGUUGAAUGUCAGCUAUCGAAUGAAUUGAUAAAGAAAGUGCCACGCCAUGACAUGUUCCAUAUUAUACAAUUCGAAUCGGAAAAAUUCCAAAGUCUAACACAGUGUACACGUUUCGGCCAGAAGGAUGAACGCGCCGUCAAAUUGGAUGUCGACGAGAAUGGCAAUGAGUUGAGUGAAAUCAACUUGGGUCGCAUCUAUUUCACGGUGUGGUGGCGUGAACCCGGCACCUGCCUCAAUGAAAUGUUGGGCAUGGGCACAUUGGAAAUAUCCGAUCUAUAUAAUGCCUCACUGCUGGAACAGUGUAAACGCAUUGAAAUCCAACGUCGUGGUCGUCACUUGGCCUGUCUGUAUUUUAAAAUCACCCUACAGCGCCACGACAGCAACAGCAACAAGAAUGGACUCAAGAAACUUAACGGAUUUUUGCCCAAACAGACCAGUUUUGAUAGUGGUGAUGAUGAUGAGGAGGAGAAAACAACAUCAUAUCCGGCUGAUAAGCAAAAUAUGUCAACAUCAUCGGCAGCCAAUGCUGCUCAGCAACAGAAUCAAAAUCAAUUGAAUUUGGCCGCUGAUAAAAACGCCACAGAACAAGGUCAAAACAACAACAAUCUCCAGGUGGCCCAGACAAAUUUCGAUGAUGAGACAACCAAAAUACGUCUACUAAAAGGUUUGAUCUAUGCCAAUGAGGCACGCAAUUUGGAGUUGGAAUUACAGCCACAAAUGUUUUUAAUAUGUCGCCGUUUUUGGUUAGAUGAACCGGUGGCGGCCAAGGCCGAUGGUGGCAAUAAAUUUAAUUAUCAGGAGCAAUUUUCCGUCAUCAACGAUGAGAAGUUCCUACAACGUGUCGACAAACAAUAUUUGCAUUUGGAAUUAUGGCAACGUAUGAGUUCGGACGAUGGCAAUGGUAAUGCAGAAGAAAAAUUGCAGCCAAUUGGUAUAGUACGCAUCCCAUUGCAUCAGUUUUAUAUUGCAUAUCGGGAUGCUGCCAUAACCAAUCAUUUGUGUAAGGGGAAGCUUCCUGUAAUCUCCAUUGAUGCCUGGGCGCCAAUUUUAAACUGGCAAAGUGGCGGGAAAAUUGGCGAACUUAAAUGUCUGUUGGCUGUGGGUAGUGAGGAACAAAUCAAAAAUCUUAAGGAUACCCGAGGUCUAACAAUUACCUUUAAUUCCGAAAUGGCAACCAGUUUACAGGAGCGUAAACUUCUGCACAAUUUAAAACCCUUACAAAUGGCCAGUACUUCCAAGAAUGUGUCAGCAACAGCCACAGCUAAUAAAGCACAAAUGAAUCCAACUGGGAAAUCCGCAGCCCCCAAUAUGACCCCUACAUCGGCUUCUACAAAACUUAAAAAGACUUCCGAUUUAUUGGAUAUGUUAAAUAAAGUCCUAAUGACACCACCUCCAACCGCAACACAAUUAGGUGGUCCAGCAGGCACUUCGUCGGAAAUAAUGGGGUCUGCUGCUAGCACCCCAACCACAACCACAUCAUCAUCAUUGAAACCCUUGCAACAAUCUAAUUUAAAACUUUUCAAAUUUGCUUUGGAAAUACAAAAGGCCAUUGGUUUGCCGUUGAAUCCCUCGGGUAAAUCGAAAAAAGGCUCGAAGCAACGUAAUGCCUCAAAGAAAUUUCCACCCAAUGAGGCACCAAAUACCUAUGUUACAUUCCAAGCAGAAUCGGCACCCUACCCGACAUUUAAAUCACACGAAGGUUUGGUCUAUGCCACCAAUAUUAUUGAGAAAUCCUGUCAACCACAAUGGCAGCAACGUUAUCGUCUCUCGGUCACCAUUGAUUAUCUAUAUAAUGCCCAAAAACGUUUCAUCUUAAAAGUAUGGAAAAAAUCCGCCCUAGACCUGGCCCAGGGACGUAAUCAGCCAACACCCAUUGAAGAUGCCAUUAUCGGUUUUGCUGCCUUGGAUUUGACCGUAUUCACGAAGGGUUUACACAUUGCCGGGCGUUUCAAUAUUGUGGAUUUUAAUGGUCGCAUUAAUGGUCAAUUGGAGAUACGUUGUCAGCCAUUGGAAGAUAUACCAGCCGCAAUGACCAGCCCAUGUGGGCCAGCAUUAUCAUCUCUACAUGCCACCACAGCCGCCGGAAGUGGUGCUGCUGGCAUACCCUCCUCCUCAACCUCUGUGGACUCGGUUAUCGAUCAAUUUGAACAAACCUUAGAUUUGGCCCAUUUGAAUUUGGGUCAGGCCAUUAAACGUAAAUUUACCGAAUUAGAGGGUAUAUCGCAGAGGUUACGGGCCCGUUUGGGUGAUGUUACCGGUACCGAAAUACCAUUGGAAUUUAAUGUCGAACAAUUGGACGCAUGGCAGCCAUUAUCAUCCGAUUUAAAUGAUAAUGAUUUGGAUGAAUUUGAAAGGGAUCUCAAUACACCACCACCGCCGUCGUCGUCGUCAUUGGGGGUGGAGGAUGAGAAACGUCAGGAUGAUGAGGGAGAUGGGGAGAAAAAUAAAAACUCCAAUAAAGAACACACCACCGCCUCCGGUACCAAAAUGAAACAAGGGACUUGUGAAAGCGCCAAAGAUGGCCCCAGUGAAUAG